CUUCCUUCUCCCCCUUCUCCUUUUCUCCUCUCUUCCAUAUCUCUACUUGCUCACAUUUUCUCUCUAAUUUUGCUUCUCAUAUUGGGAAAAGCAGCCACAACCAACUGCACCACUCCAAUAUAUCUUUGUGAUAGGAAUCACUAAACAUGAAACAUAUGAUUUUUCUACUUGUCACUUUCAAGAUUAUAAAGAAGAAGCUGAAUAAGCUAAGAGAGAGUAUGGGGUUUCAAACAACACAUAACUCUAAGCGGGUAACACAGCCCAAUUUGAAGGGAAAGGAGGAUUUGCUCAGCAAUGCUCAGGAACACUCUUUAAUUCCAAGGACACUAAAUUUCAUUCCCUCCAGCUAUGAUUCUUGGCUGGUAAAGCACCCCUCUGCAUUGAACUCAUUUGAUAGAUUGAUGAAAGCUGCCAUUGGGAAGAAGAUAGUUGUAUUUUUAGAUUAUGAUGGUACCUUAUCACCCAUUGUAAAUGAUCCUGAUCGUGCUUUCAUGUCCAAUGAGAUGCGUGCGGCAGUAUGUGAAGUUGCUACUUAUUUUCCAACAGCAAUAAUUAGUGGAAGAAGCAGAGAGAAGGUAAAAGAUUUUGUGAAAUUAAAUAAUUUAUAUUAUGCUGGGAGUCAUGGUAUGGACAUAAUGGCACCAUCAGGGCCGAUUAAAUCUUCUGAUGGCAACCAAUGUGACAACACUACUCUUGACACAAAUGGCAAUGAAGUUCCCUUUCAACCUGCCAAGAAGUUUUUGCCUGCAAUUCAAGAGAUACUAAGAAGAUUAGAGAAUGUAAUAAAGGACAUAGAAGGUGCAAAAAUAGAAGACAAUGGAUUCUGCAUCUCAGUUCAUUUUAGGCAGGUUCAUGAAAAGGAUUAUAACAUUUUGGAAGAGAAAGUGAAGUCUGUGAUUGGAAAAAAUCCACUGUUCUGCUUGACUGAGGGUAAAAAGGUUUUGGAAAUAAGGCCAUCGAUCGAAUGGAACAAAGGAAAUGCUGUAGAAUAUUUUCUAGACACAUUAGGGUUAAGCAGUUCCAGCAAUCUCCUUCCUGUGUAUAUUGGUGACGAUAAAACUGAUGAAGACGCUUUUAAGGUUAUGCAAAAAAGAGGGCAAGGUUAUCCUAUUAUAGUGUCUUCGACUCCAAGAGAAACAAAUGCUUUGUACUCUUUGCGCGACCCUUCAGAAGUACUAAUCUUCUUGUCAAGGCUAGCAAAAUGGAGGAAGACAUGUUCUUACUCAAGAAGGUCUCUAAGUAUUAUAUAGAUCAUCAAAUUUGAUAUAGAAUAUAUAGAUCAUCAUCAAAGUAAGAGUUUUAGCAGUAUGCAUAGGUACUUCCCACAAUGGUUUUGGAGAAGUGGGUAGGAUACUUGUUAAUUAAUUUCCUUCGAGUAUAAGUUGGUUUGUAAAAUAUAAAAUAACCUUGUAUAUAUAUGCUUCCAUCUUGUAAAAAAAGGUUAUAAU